UCCCAGGUCGCUUUUCUGAUUCCCAUGAACUUUCUGAGCUUGGAACCUGGUGAUCUGAAGCUCUCUACCAUCUGCUGUUUGAAUGAAACCAGAAAGAGUGGCUACGUUACUAACUUGGAGUUGGCCAGAGACCCUGCCCCACAGCAAGCUCAGUCUAUCUCCCACUAUCUCCCACUCUGUCUGGGGUCAAAUUCCUGGAACAUAGUCCUCGCUAAAAAUCAUCAUUCACUUAACUUUGCUGUUGGCUGCAUUGCCUCUCUGAGCCAUCAGGAGUCUGUCCGUCCCAUCUAGGGUUGCCAGCUUUGGUUGGAUGGAUUCCUGGAGGUUUCAUCACAUGACUUUUUUAAAUUAAAGAUUACUCUUUAAUUCCUGGAAACUCCAGGACAAUCCUGGAGGGUUGGCAUCCCUAAUCCCACCCAUUCAUUUGCCUCAGUGGAAAGAUUUUUCUCCUGAGCACUCAGCUUCUGCCAUAUCCUAUGACUGGGUGGGGAGAGGGUUCAAUCAGUGGCUGGAUCUCUUUCCCAUGUGAAUCACUCUCUUCUUUCCCAGUGUACUCUGCCUCCAAUCUCCUGGUGCUGUUAAAUGACUGGAUCCUCCGAAAGGAGCUACAGCGGACCCUGCCUGUGUCGCUACCCCAGCAGAAGUUGCUGACAUGGCUGAGUGUGCUCGAGUGUGUGGAAGUGUUUGCAGAAAUGGGGGCUGCCAAGGUGUGGAGUGAGAUGGGCCGAUGGACCAUCAUAAUCCUCAUCCAGCUGGCUAAAGCCAUCCUGCGCCUCCUGCUCUUGCUAUGGUACAAAGCUGGUAUCCAGACAUCUCCUCCCAUCAUGCCACUGGACAGGGAGCAGCAGCAGCUCCAAUCAGAAGACAAGGAGGGCAGCUCAGCAGGAAAGGAACAGACAUAUGUUGGGAGGCGCUCUAGCCGCGUUGUGAGGUCCCUCGAAAGCACCCCAGCCUUGCAAUCCAGGCACUGGGGGUCUCCCCAAGAGAGGGAGGGAAAACAGAACCGAAGAGCAGAGGAGAUGAACCAGGCUCCCACCCCUCUGGGGCUUCAGGAAACCAUUGCAGAAUCUGUCUACAUCACCCGGCCUCUGUUCCACUUGUUGAGUUUAGGCAUAUGGGGCCAGAGAUCAUGGAAGCCCUGGCUCCUCUCGGGAAUCCUGGAUAUCACAAGCCUAAGUUUACUGAGUGAUAUGAAAGACCUGAAUAAGCGAGAGCGCUUGGAGCUGAGACGCCGAACCAUCCUGCUGCUGUACUACCUGCUGAGAUCUCCUUUUUAUGACCGAUACUCAGAGGGCCGGAUCCUCUUCCUGCUCCGCCUGCUGGCUGAUUAUGUCCCCGGAGUCGGGUUAGUCACACCACCUCUUCCAAAAGGAUCGCAAAGCACUUUACAAUCUACAAACCAGAGUCUUCCCUCUUCUUCCACCUCCUGCUGAAAUACAGCCCUCUCUGGAGCGGACCAUGGGAGCAGUGUAACACUGCAUAGCAACGCUACAUGAGUUUAGCCAGGAACUGAGGGAGACUGUGUCUUUGCAGCUGAUCUUUGGUGCUGACUUGGGUUACUGCCCUUCCCUGUAGUUUGGCUGGUGCUCUGCUAUCCACAGGUUUCUUCCAGCAUGGGGAGCUGCAGUCAUGGGGCAGAGGGGAAACCUCUUCGCCAGUGCACAGGUGUCAGUGCCUCACCUGUUGCCUCUGUUGUCCAAGUUUCAAGGCCUGUCGCUGGUCAUAUGAGUCUUGUCCUGCUCUACUCCCAGUGGGCACAUCAGCGCCACCACCCAGCAGGGCACGGUCGGUGAUUUUGCUUGGGGAAAAGCUAGGAAUGGCAUAACAGGAGGCUGUGGGCUGGGAUUGAGGAGCAUCAGCAGAGAUGUAUGUGGGAAAUCCAUGCUCAUAGUAUACAUCUUUAAACUGUCGUUCCCCGCUGUGGCUCACCUGGUCUCUCGUUCUCUCAUUUCAGGACCAAUGAUGAAUUACCUGCCAGCUUGGCAGAAAAUCUAUU